AUGUCAGUCAGCACUAAUAACCAAAGGAGAUUCGCUAAAGCGCAACAUCUUGCGUCAGUUACAGUCAUAUUCCUUUAUACGAGCACCAUUCUAACAUCAAUAUAUUUGAUGUGUUGUAUAUCUUUACUUCACGGAGCUGUAAAGUACAAGCGAGAAUAUAUACUACCCUGGAUAAUGGCAGCAUGCGUUGGCGUUAUAUUGUUGAUUGUAGCUAUCGUAAUUGGGGAUGGACACCCGUGCGUGGUGAAUCUCUUCGGAGGCCAUAAUCUAUACCACUUUGGUUGCGCCUUAUUUGUGCUCACUUUUAUAUACGCAAUUUGCGCCGUGAGCAGUUUCGCGUUGGAGACGGGAGGAGGGCAAUGCGUACGUAAUACGCUCACGUCCAACGACGAAAGAGGCGAAAGGCUCUUGCUUCUGGACCACGCCGCACACUCCAGCCUACUGUCCGCGGCUCAGCUUAACAAAUUGUCGCACGGAACGAGAACCCAAUUUGUU